AUGAUAAUUACAACAUGGAUUGUGUACAUUCUCGCCCGGAAAGGUGCCGGGUUCCCCUUCCCACCGAAAGUCAGUUCGGACGUGGAAGUUGUGGAGAGCGAGGCUGUGUCUGUAGUACAGCAUUGGUUGAAAAAGACUGAAGAAGAGGCUUCCCAGGACAUAAAGGAGAAGAUGUCCACCAACUGCCCUCCCACGCAUGGCCAAGAUGUACAUGUGACCAGAGAUGAGGUGAAGCACCACCUCUCAAAGUCUGGUUUGUUAACAAACCAGAGUCAGGAGGUCCUGGAGGAAAGAACAAGAAUCCAGUUCAUAAGAUGGAGCCGUACCCGUAUCUUUCAAGUGCCAAGCGAGGUGAGAAAUGAUGCCAUGCGAGAACGGAUAGAGCAGGUGAGACGAAGCAUAUGCCAUCUUACGGAUGAGGCAUCUCAGGAGCUUCACAAGACAAAUUCCUACUCAGACUGCUGA